GCCCCCUUCUCAUCCUAUGUGCCUACUGGCAGGAUCUAUCGACUUGCUCAAUCCACGAACUCUGUGGGCGACCCCUUUACCUCCUCCACUCAGGAUUGCCUCAUUACAAACAACCCGAUGAGCAGGGUCGGCUCGGGUAGUUUGUAGUUUUGUAGUUUGACAAUACACACAAGAAAUAUCAUGUGGGCCUUGUAACAAUGAGGAAAGAUGAUAAGAGAGACUAUAAAGUUUCCUCUUUGAAAAAAAGCAGAAAUCAAUUAAAUUCGUCUCUUCACAUGCCCAGGAUGUGGUUUCCAUCAAGUUCAGUGACUAUGGCCAUCCUCUCUAAGCCACGUACAGUAUACAUGUCAUUAACCUGUAGUACAACGAAGAGACAAAGUGCAUACCUCAAAUUUUAUUUCAAUUUUGGUUUCAUAAAUGUAAACUAGUAAUGUCCCAGUGUGCCCCAGUUUUUGUUCCACUGUACCCCAAAGUGGGACAUAGUGGGGAAAAAAAUAUGAUUUCUUGCGGACCACAGAUCUUUCAACCAAGUUACUCGAUCAUUUCUUUUGCAUGUGCUUAUUGAUAUUGAAUGGUGAUCGGUUUUGCCCAAUAUCUCACUUCAAAUAAAAUAAUUAUAAUGCUACUUUUUUGUCCCACUGUGUCCCACUCUCCCCCAUGUUCCAAAGAUGGUCUCGGUGGUUUGCUUGCUGACCGUGUGAUGCUUCUAGACCACUCUAGUCCACUCCACUGUCCAGUAGUAGGCACUAAGCAUGACAUUGCCUCUGCUACGGCUCACACCGUUUCUGAUGUUUGGAGUGAAGGAAGUAAGGCGAGUCCUGUUGACCCUGCUGGCCUCACGAUCGACCAGAGUGUCGUCAGGCUCGACAGCUAACGCUCUCCGGUGGAGCUUCUUACACACGUCAUCAUGCCAUAGGAAGUGUGAGCUCACAUCUAAAAGGUAUCAGGUGAAGAGAGGAGAGUAUGGCCAAGUUAGCAAAGACAAUAUUAAGUUUUUCACUGACCUCCUGGGGCCACAUCGUAUCAUCCUGGGGGAGGCCGAGCUGGAGGGCUACAACACAGACUGGUUCGAAACUGUCCGUGGGGCGUCCUCUGUCCUCCUCAAGCCCAAGACCACCGAGGAAGUGUCCACCAUCCUGCUGGCCCACUGCAACCAACACAGACUUGCCGUGUGUCCCCAAGGCGGCAACACUGGGCUGGCAGGAGGAGGCGUUCCAGUAUUUGAUGAAAUCAUCAUCUCUACGAACCUUAUGAAUAAGAUUGAAAAUGUAGACACGUGGUCGGGAGUUGUCACCUGCCAGCCUGGGUGUGUCCUGGAGACCCUUGACCAGCACGUCAGCGAAUAUGGGCUAAUGAUUCCCUUAGAUCUCGGAGCAAAGGGCAGCUGUCAUAUUGGAGGCAAUGUGUCGACAAAUGCAGGUGGCUUACGUCUGCUGCGGUACGGCAGCUUGCACGGGUCUGUGCUGGGGGUGGAAGCCGUCCUGGCCUCGGGGGAAGUGGUCGACUGCAUGAAGACGAUGAAGAAAGACAACACAGGCUAUGACCUCAAGCACCUCUUCAUCGGCUCGGAGGGAACGCUCGGAAUGCUUGCAAUCAACUGUCCGCCUAGACCACAGGCUGUAAAUCUUGCCUUCCUGGGCCUCAACACGUAUGACGAUGUGCUAGAGACCUUCGUGGCAGCCAAGAAGCAGCUGGGAGAGAUCCUCAGCGCUUGUGAAUUAAUCGACAGAUCGUCUAUUGAGGCUGUGGAGAAAAACUUGAAACUGAAGGUCCCGAUUUCUUCGCAUGAGUAUUAUAUGCUCAUUGAGACUUCAGGUUCAGAUGGAACACACGACGAGGAGAAGCUGAACACUUUCCUGGAGGAUGCUCUCGGGUCAGGAAUAGUGGCUGACGGCACGGUGGCCUCUGAGUCCUCGAGGAUGCUGCAUAUCUGGGGCCUGAGAGAGAGGAUCCCUGAGGCCCUCAGAUGCGAUGGCUACUUUUACCUUUACGACAUCUCCAUCCCUCUGACCCACUUCUACAAGGUGGUGGAGGACAUGAGGGAGCUCCUAGGCCCUAACACUAACGUCAUCCAUUGCUGUGGCUAUGGACAUAUCGGGGACGGAAACCUCCACCUCAAUCUUAUCACUAGGAAAUUUGAUGAGGAUAUCUUGAAGCAGAUCGAACCAGCCUUGUAUGAGUGGACAUCGAAGGUGAACGGCAGCAUAAGCGCCGAGCACGGUCUGGGGUUCUUAAAGCGAAACUCCAUCCACUACUCCAAGUCAGCAGGUGCCGUGACGCUUAUGAAACAGAUGAAGAAACUACUCGACCCCAAUGGGAUUCUGAACCCUUAUAAAGUACUCCCUGAUGACUGAGUGGUUAGUCAAACCUUGAACCUAUGUGCCGGUAACUGAGAAUAUGUACAUGUAUGUUAGUGGCGGACGCAUACGUAUAGAUAAUGUUUGCCAAUUCAUUCGCAUUGCUCACAGUAGGGAAGAAAACUACUUUUAGGUAAAGAGUGUUUUCGAUCACGUGAUCUCGUAGUCAUUUACUCAUUUUAGUAAACAAACUCUCCACGUGGUUGGCCGUGAGCCCUCCCGCUCGGACUUGCUUAUGGACUUCCUUAGUUUUCAGCCCCAAUGAAGUACUCUCGAUACUGAUGUUCACGUUUUGUGGUGGACAGGGCGAUAUAUGAACCUAAAUUAAAACUACACGUGUUAAUCAAGAUUCAUACGCCAUCGAAGAGGAACAAAUGUGUUCAAGUAGUGAGGCACUACCAGACAUCUGCUAUUUUCUGGUUUCUUUACCCAACCCCGACUACAAGAUGAACAACACGAAGGUCUACAAGAGUCUGCAGACGUACAAGUUUUUCACAAGUGGUUGUUAGGUGAAGGAAGUGUGUGUUACAGCCCCACGUCAGCCAGCCAUCGGCUGAGGGAGGACAGGUCUGGAUGCGCGUAUUCUUUGUCAUACAUUUUGACCAUCUUAUUUUACUGUCUCCUAAGCAUAAUGUUACUAUUGGAGAGAAGUUUCAUGAUUCAUAUUAGUUAUGGAAGGUCAGGUUUGUUAAGAUUAUAGUAGCAUACGGACUACGGUAUAGUGUAGAUAUAAAUUGCAACAUAUAGCUUGGGAGCUCUAGAUAAUAUGACUGCACAUAAUUAAGGAAAAUUUAGUAUUACACACCUGUUCAAAAUUAUAUAAAGGUCAAAAGUGCAAAAGCAAGAGGCAGAGUCCACAUUUUCAGGCUUCGACUGUCCAGACAAUGUUGAGGCACAGCUUUGGUUAAAAUAGGUGGGACAACCUCAGAAUGAUGCAGUCCAAUUAUCUACUAUUACCAGGAACUUAGAAUAGGUCAUGCUGUAGAGAGACAAACCUAUUACUGGUUAACUUCGAUCAAAAUUCCUUUUUUUUCUCAGCCUAUCAGUUUUCUAAGCAUAGGUAUUACAAGCAAUCAUUGCUUUAAGACUAUAAAGUUUGGGUUGAUGAGCUAUGAUUCCAUGCAGUUCCCAUGUGCCACACCAUAAUUAACAUUUACAGUAUAACCACAUAUUACUAAGUUAUAUCCUCAUAAAAAUACAUAUUGUAUCAGAACAUAAACCUUUUUAACCUAAGGUUACCUAUUUAUCCUAACAAAAACAGUUUAGUGCUAAAUUUCUAUGAGUAUAUGGUGAAACUUAGAUAAGAUUUGGCUCCCAGGAAAUUCAGAUGUCAGAGCCGAAUUUAUACAGGACCAUCAGAGACACGCCAGUCCUCGUCGACAGACCGACUUGGUCAGCU